AAACGAAUCGUUCUUAUGUUAACAAAGCUCGUUUUAUGCCGUCAUUCAUAUUUGUUGGGAGAAACACAAGACCGACAUUCGCGAGAAAACCUCAUGAGAUAAACGACAAGCGUAAACGAAAUUAAAACGACUAGACUUUGCCAUGUUUCGAAUUAAAUUAUCGAAGAUGGCUUACGAAAUGAACGACCUUAAAGGAAUUUUAUUUCUGGUACUGUUCGCUAUGCCAAUGGUAGCGCCCCUAAACAUAAACUGCCACGGCAAAGCCUUCCACUGCGUCAACUCCACACAUUUCAUGAUAUGCGUGGAUUUGGGAGGGGGCGUGUCUACAACCAUAGAUGAUUUCGUCAUACCAUGCCCAGCCACAACAGUGUGCCAUGAAGAAAAUACUUUUGAGUGUGAUUUUCCUAAAAUAGAAGUGGUACCUCCACUUCAAGUUCUUGGUGUUUAUGAACAAAGUGAAAAUAGUGGAACUAAUUCAGUGACCGAUAGUGUAACAAUACCAACGACAACAAGUGAUAUAAUAAGUGAGUUCAUAGAAAAUAUUACUGCAACAACUUUGCCGACACCUGAAGAAGUAAAGCCUGAAUUGAUAUUGGAAGAGCAUAUUCAACAACCCACGCAAGUUGAUAAUGGUAAUACCACAGACACUAGUUUGCAAGCGACUUCUACUUUUGUUAAUAGAACUAAUGUCACUACAAGUAAUAACCAAACAAAUAUUAAUACAAUAAUUACUUCAACAUCAGCUUAUUCUAGCUUUGACAGUGUAACAGAAACUUUGCCUGAUAAUUUAACCGAUGCGGUCACAGGAGCUACUGAUUUAAUUUCUGUUUUACCAGAAAAUGUAACUAUUACUACAUCAGUACCCGAUGUUUCUACUUUAAAUUAUUUAAAUGCUAACAUAUCUCCUACAAAUUACCAAAAUGAAACUCAAGAAAUAAAACAAGAUGUCAAUGCUAAAAAUUUGACAAAUACAAUUAAUAUUGUCCCCGAAGCAAACAGCAAUAAAUCUGUUCAAAACCUUACAAAAUCAAAUUCUACUACUGAAAGUUUAACAAAAAGUUCCAUUUAUAUAGUAUCCACUGAGAGUGUGAAUAUUUCGGAAUCAGUUACGGAAGGUGGAAUCGUCCAAACUACGACUGAUAUGUCUUCACUAGGAUUGGUGGAUUUAAUUUUAGGCACCCAGACCACAAAUGCUAUCAUGGAUACUGCGAACAAUAGUACAAGUAAUUUUGAUAACGAUGUAACAACAGUGGACCCAUACACUAAGCAAGACACCAAUGAUAGUGGUAGUACAUUAUUUUCAAAAGCCGCUAUGCCUACAGAAACAAUAUUAACGGACAUGCUUAUUUCUAAUGAGCAAAUAAGCACGACUCCUUCAAUAAAUACGAAUUUAGAAGCUUUAAAUAAUACUGACAUAAAUUACAAUUCUUCUACGGAAUUUAAUUUUAGUGAUCAGAUUACAACAACUGAAAACGUUCCAGAAAUUUCUACAACUGCUACACAAUUCUUCGAUUUACAACAGGAGACAGUUUCAAGAACGCAAAUAUCUACGACUCCAACUUUUGUUGAAGUUCCCACCACCAUUGACCAAACUAAGGAAAUAAUUUCAACUGAAGAUUUACCAAUAGUCUUUAAUAAUAAUUCGUAUCAGAUAAAUACUGAUAAAAACCAAUCAUUACUAUCAGAAAACAAUAAGAGCGAUGUUAUAAAUACUACUGAAAUGAUAAAGACCCAAUUCGGUGUUUCAAGUACAGAGCCAACUUUGUUUCUGUCAACUAGUGCUAAAUAUCCUGCAAUUGAGACGCCCACUGCAGAAAAGCCUCUACAAGUAUCACGUAAUGAAGUCUCACCGCAUGUUAUAAAAGUAACAAAUGAGUCAUCAGUUACUGAGGGCCCGUACAUUACUAUUAAUGAGCCUAAAACAGACAUUGUUCAGAACAAUACAAUUUUAUUAAUUUCUACAACUACAUUCCCAAAUACGGUUCCAGAAGCCGCAUUAGUCACAGAAGAUAACCCUAUGUUUUCAACACAGUUCACUGAACUAAUAAGAAAGUCACCAGUAACAGACAUGCCCCAUACUCUUGUGAAUAUGCCCAAGCAAGAAACUGUUAAGAACACUUCACCUGUUCUAAGUAAAACAACAGAGACCGCAAAUGAUAUGAGGUCAAAUUCAGCCACAGAAGCAAGAGAUAACUUUGUAUUUUCAAAACAGUUCACAGAAGUAUCAAAUAAACCUACGAAAAAAACUAUUCAAAAUAACAUAGAUAUUACAAUGGAUAAAAUAGAGAUCGCUAAUGAUGUGAUGAUUAAUACAGCCACAGAAGCAGUAGAUUCCUCUAUGCUUUCAACGCAGCUUACUGAAGCAACAAAAACGUUCCAAGUAACAGUAAAGCCUACUCUUGUGAAUGAACCCAAGCCAGAGACUGUUGAAAACGAUACAGUUGUCACAAUAAGUACUACAGAGGCAGCAAAUGAUGUGACGUCAAAUUCAGCCACAGAAGCAAUGGUUAACUCUAUGUUUUCAAUACAAUUUACCGAUGUCCCUAAUAAGUCACCAGUAACAGGCAAACCUCCUAUAGUAAAUGAACCCAAGAAAGACAUUAUUGAAAACAAAACAGAUGUCACAAUGAAUCCGUCAGAUGUCUCAAAUAAUGAGAGGACGAAUUCAGCCUCAGGAGCAGUAGAUUAUUCUACGUUAUCAACACAAUUUAUCCAAGUCACUAAUAAGUCCCCAGUAACCGACAAACCUAACACUGUUAAUGAAUCCAAGCGGACAACUGUUGAGAACAAUUCAGUUUUAAAAACAACGGCUUCUUAUGACACAAAGCUAACUUCAGUCACAGAACUCAUAAAUAUUUCGACAGAUACAGAGUCCCCUAAUAUUGUUAAUGAACCCAAGCAUGACACUUAUGUUAUGAAGAAAUAUUCAGACACAGAAGCCAAAAUUAACUCCACAUUUUCUGUACAUUUAAAUGAAGCAACCAAUGAGUCACCGGUAGCAGAUUACAUAGAUAUUAGGAAUGGGUCUAAUCAAGAUGGUGCUGAAAACAAUCAACUUAUAAUAAUUCACACAACAACAGUUUCUGGUAUCCUUAAGAAAGAAUCAGUAAAAAAUGCCACGGAUAGUUCCGCAUUUUCUAAUCAUUUUACUACAACUGAGUCACCAGUAACAGCCUAUCCUAAUAUUGUUGAUGGACUUCAGCAAGUAAUUAUUGAAAGCAGUACAGUUUUAUCGGCCUCUACAACAACGGCUCCUAAUGACAUAGGAUCAAAUCCUCAUACUAUCAAGCAAAAUAUUGUUGUAAGUGAUAGACUUUUGACAAGUUACGCAACGGCUCCUGAAAGCGUGAGGAUAGAAUCAGUCAAAGAAGCCAAAGAUAAUUCUGAAUUUUCUUUAGUGACAACUGAGUCGAUCUAUCCUAGUAAUAUCGCUGUACGCAAGCAAACAAUUGUUGAUAAUAGUAAAAUUUUGAUGAUUCAUACAACUACAGCUCCUGAUAUCGUGAUGAAGAAAUCGGAUACAGGGGCCAUAGAUAAUUCUGCAGAUUUUGCACAUUCAAAUGUUAAUGAACCCAAGAAAGAGAGUGUUAAUACAAGUGCAAUUUCACCAAUAUAUACAACAUCGGCUAACAAUUACGGUACAGAACCCAAUGUCAAGGACUCAACAACAGUAUCAGAUCUGGUUACAAAUGAACCAGCAGGACUGAUAACUGAAAAGAAUACACGUAUCGACCAUGUAACAGCUAAAAUAGGAAAAACUAACCAAGAAAAUAUAACUACGGAUUUCACGAAUCCUCCGAAGAAUUUAGAGACGACUACGUUAGGGCAGGUUUCUACUACUAAUGAAAGGGUCGCCACAUUCCAAGAUGCAGUUGCAACCACUGCCAAUGAAAAUAAUUUAAAAAAUAGUGUGUCUAAACUAUUUCGACUCAAAGUUGCCGACAUCAAUAAACCUAAUAAUAUUGCAUUUGUAAAUAAGGAUAUUGGCACCGCUUCUAAUACGGCCAUGAAUCCUGACGCAUUACCAAUAAUAAAUCUACACGAAAUGCCUUCUUCAAAUAAGUUUGUGGGUGCACCUACCAGUAGCUUGCCAGAAAUCGUCGAUACAGUUUCUAGAAAAGAUUCCACAAAGGUGUAUGAAAAACUAUUAAUGGAUGGCCCACAAAAUGCUGAUAUUAAUGGACACGCUACGACGGAGUACGUACCCGAAACUAGUACUACACAUGCCAUAGAUGGUAUCGAUUAUACUAACAUUAAAAAAAUAUCGAGUUUUGGGGUGAAUACACAAUCUAUUAUCAGCGUGACUACUGAAACAGCGUUUGCAUCCCUUGGAACAUCUGUUGAUUGGAGUGUGUCAGAUAAGACGGACAGAGUCAAUACGGAAACAGUACUUUCUGAAAUUUCUACCAAAACUGAUACUGAACCGACAAGGUAUACAACCGAUAAAAUUGCAUCAUCAACAGUAAUAAACAAUACAGAUAAAAGUAUCAAGAUAGUGUCAGAAUCCGAUUUAGUGAAUUCCUCAUAUGCAAUACCAAGUAGGAAGUUGGAACCAUCGAAUUUAAAUCCAUUAUUAUCGCCUGAUUAUAUAAAAACAACAAGGCCACAAGACUCAAGCAUUUACAUCACAACCUCUGAUUAUAAUCCUGCGGAUUUCACUCAAGUUGAGCAGCCGAUAUCGAAGAAGUUUGAAGUUUUACAACAGAAACCGACAACGAUUGUGGAUUUAUUAAAGUCUGUAACUAAUACGUAUACAUUACCAACGGUAAAAGAAAAAACUGCUAAUAUUAACCGCGUGUCAGUGACUGAGGCAACACUGCCCAGAGACACAGUCUUCAAAGGGAUAAAUCCAACAAAUCAAGAUUUUAAUUACGUGACUGAAAAAAAUAUCAUUUACGUUCCCUCGCAGGACCCAAUAUUAAGUAAAUUAAACAAAAUACCUAAAGUGGAUCCUCAAUCUUCAAUAAAUAAAGGUAUGGCUAGCAAAACUAUUUUGCCUAAAACAUUUAAGACAAAUGUGAUAGGAAACAACGAUAUGAUAAUAACUGACGCUAGUAUAUUUACAAUGAGUUCAACAUCACCGGUACCAGCAGAAAAUAACUUAAAAAUAAAUAAAGAAUUGCCAAUUUCAAGUCCAAAACCAACGGAGACAAGAACAACAGAAUAUUAUAGUGUAAAGCCAGUGCUACCAAUAACAGAAGUUCCAUUUGUUAAAACCACUACUGUUGCCAGUCAACCACGCAAAAUUGCAACCCAAACUAUACCUAAAUUAGUUGGUGAAACCAACAGUGAUAUACUCAAAACUACAGAUUUUCCAAAAUUAACGAUUCAGAUAGAAAAUAACAAGUCUACCCGGUCGAUAACAGGCAAAACAACUGAAACGGUCAAUUUAGUAACGGAACCAGAUUCAAUGGUAGAAACUAUCAAGGUGGAAGCAAUUCCGAACCCAGUUAUUUCUUACACUCUUACAGACAAUAAGUCGACUGAUGGAAUUAAAACAGGGAAAAGCAAAAUUGAUCAUGAAAGCAUAGUAAUUGGAAAUGUUUACAAAAAUAAUGGAGCAUCUAAAACCACUGAUUUUAAGUUACUAGAGGACAAUUCUAAAGUAGAAGCUCUAAAUCCAAAAAGUGAUUGGAUAAAAUCAGAUAUCGACGUGGAUAUCGCCAAAAUAAAAGAAACAUCUAUUGAAGACACCACUAAGUCAUCAGGCUUCGCAUCCAAAUCAGGUCCUGCAAUUAAGACGUUAUUACCGAUACCUACCGCAACCGUACUGGUUAGGCCUAAGGUAAAUCAAACAGCCAAUUCCAUUCAGCUCUCAUCGGUAGCAAUUCAUCCUACAAUUGCGACUCAAAUCGAGUCAACCAUUCCCAAAACAGAACCGAAACCUAUCACUAAAGAAAAUCAAAAAACAGUGACAAAUGCUUUCAUAACAGCAAAUAAUAACACUUCAGAUGGGGAAUUACAAUUCCAAGAACCUUUAAGAAAUACGACUGAUAGUUAUCACAUGAAUAAUGCAAAAGCAAACGUUACUACAUCAUAUCAUAAGUUAUCACUUCAAAACAAUACGUUCAAUGACGAUUUAGCAGAACAUUUAAUAUCAACGAAUCACACUAUUACGACAGAAGUACAAAAUCAUUUGAAUGAAAGUGAUAAACAAAGUAAUAAAACUAAUUAUUCAGUAACGUCAAAUAUAACGAGUACGCUCUAUCAAAACAUUACUGCUUUAAAAAUAAAUUCAGGAGAUAAAGGCAAUAGUUCUAUUUCCGUAUCUACUCCACAAGUUUUUAGUUGUUUAAAUCGUACUCGCGGUAAAUACUCUGAUAAAAGAGAUUGUAGAAAAUUCUAUACUUGUAUAGGCAAUCUCCAGCCUAUGAUAGGAACUUGUCCAAACAACACCGUGUUUAGCGAAAUUAAUAAACAGUGUACGAGAAAUUUAUCGCAUUGCGUGCGAAACAAUCAGUUCCGAUGUUUAUUAGAGGGAAGGUUUAGUGACUUCUUCAAAGAUAAUAUUUAUUACAUUUGUGUUAAAAAUAAUAUCCAUGGUUUUAUCCGGUAUAAACUAAAAUGCCAGAGUGGUUAUCAUUUAAACAAGGAAACAGUUAAAUGCGAAAAAGACGAAGAGAUAUCAACUCAAUCAGCAUCUUCUAUUAGCGAAGCAAAUAAUGAAGAGAGUACUACAGUCAAAAUUAAAACUGAUAAAAUUACCAAAACAGCUUUUGAAUGUGAGAGUGAAGGUAAAUUUCCAUACGAUAAGGAUUGCAAAAAAUAUUACGUUUGUACUAAAAUUAAAAGUGAUUAUCAAUGGAAAAUCAAGAAAUGUCCCACUGACGAAGUGUACGAUAAAAAGAAGAAAAAGUGCGUAGAAUCUGAUAGCGGGGAAUGUUAAUUGUUCAAAUACAGGAUUACUUUAUUUUUGAAGUAUUUCAAGCUUGUCCGUCUUAUGUAGAUAUUGUAAAAUAAACUAAUGUAUUUUUAAAUUUACUUUAAUUGAUUUAACCUUAAGUUUUUUUUUUA